AUGUAACAAACUCAUUAAUUACUUGAUUCAAUUGAAAGAAAAGUAUAGAAUUGUGUCAUAAGAGACUAAUAAUAUGAAAAAUUACUUUUUAGUGGUAGACCUUCACAUAUUGAAAAUACAAUUGAUAAAUAAUAAAAAUAAUUAGGAGAUUCAAAAAUUACAUUACUUGAUCAUCAUUAUUAGAAAAAGUUUGAAAAGAUGGGACAAAGAUUAGAAAAUCUUGAAAAAGAGAAAGAAGUUAAAGUAUAAAUAUCAAGAGAACAAUAAACAAGUGAUUUUGAAUAAGAAGAAGCAAGAAGCGUAAAAUUAAUAAUAAACUAGAUUAGAUAGUGAAUUUGAAUAGAACCAUUAAAUUAUACUCAUAACAAAUUACAUCAUUAUAAGAGCAAAUGAAAAGAAUGUAAAUGAACUAUUAGAAAUAAAUCUAAGAUUUAUAAAUACAACUCAGAAAAUAUUAACUUUGA